GGAAGUGCACAGCACUACAUGCGCACGUUAGUCAAAAUAAGUCAAAACCCUAGCACGCCAAACCCUAUAUUUUGCUUUUCUCCACUAUUUUCUUCUGUGCUGCCGCAUCUCCUUCUUCACUCCAGACUUCUCCUGCGACUACACCAAGCAUAAUGGCGCCGAAGAAGGAUAAGGCCCCACCACCAUCCUCAAAGCCUGCGAAGUCUGGUGGAGGGAAGCAGAAGAAGAAGAAAUGGAGCAAGGGAAAGCAAAAGGAGAAGGUGAACAACAUGGUUUUAUUUGACCAGGCAACGUAUGACAAGCUUCUUUCGGAGGUUCCCAAGUACAAGCUUGUUACUCCUUCAAUCCUAUCUGACAGACUGAGAAUCAAUGGGUCAUUGGCACGUAGUGCAAUUAAUGAUUUGAUGGCAAGAGGUUCUAUCCGGAUGAUAUCAGCUCAUGCUAGCCAGCAGAUUUACACAAGAGCCACCAAUACCUAGAGGAAGAAAACCAUAUUCUCACUUUGUCAUGGAUAGAUAGGUUGUUUCCAUCUUUUACGUUAGGAAACCGUUAUGCUGACGAGUCUAUUUUUUCCCCAUAAAUUUUGAUCUUCAUGCUUGUUAUUUUGAUGGAGGAAACCAUUUUUGUUUUUGUGCUAAUUAAAAUUGUUCAAUUGUGUUUUUUAGUGGCACAAAU